AUGGUUGAAGACUAUAUGGGCUGUUUUAUGAAAGUCUCGAAAUCGACAAAACAGCAUAUUACGAGGUUUUUUAUAUUGGAUUUAGAGUCGACCUGUAUGAGAUGCUUUGAAGAUCAGUAUCAGGCACAUAACAGAUUGAGUCCGAACACACAAAUUAAUGAGUUGAUUAGUGAAAUAGAGUUUAAUAAGGUGCUGCAGCUGAACAAUUUUAGGGUUGGGGUGAAAAGCGGGAAUAGCUUUUGUAUUUAUUUGAAGGAUAAGGAAAAAGAAAUAUGGAUUGUCCCGUGGAUUAAGGAGAGAAUGGAACAGCUUUAUCAGAAAUUUGUGGAAUUAGAAGAAAAUAUGCAUUUUCCUGUCUGGGAACACUAGAAAAUGUGGUUAGCUGAACCGCUAAUGCAUUUCAGCAAGAUAAUUGUUUAUUUAAAUAUUAUUUUUCUGGUGCUUUGAGACAGAAAAUGGAAUACAAAAAUUAAUUGAAAUAGACAAAGCCUAAAUGGAGAUUCAGAUGUCCCCGCAGAAGAAGUAAAGACUAUUGUGCUUCCGAAUGGGAAUAUUUAUAGUGGAGAAUUGAAUGAAGAAGGAGUUCCUCAUGGAGACUCAGGAAGAGAAUUUUGUGAGGAUGGAAGCAUUUAUUAUGGGAGUUUUAGGAAUGGUAAGUGGCAUGGACCUGGGUGUAUUAUUAAUAGCAAUUUGGAUAUCGUUCAAAGAGAGUAUAUUGAUGGAGCUUUGUGUGGGAUUUAG